AAGCAAGAUAGGCUCUCAUUGGUCAAAAAUGUUAAGGAUUCAAGAGUCUAUUUUUGGCAAAGAAUUACAAAAAUAAGUUUUGUUCGUGCGUUUGACUAUUUAUUGCAUUUAAAUUUCAACAAUUAUAAAUUUCCACCCAGUUGAAAAUACAUUUUGAGCUGAAAGCUUGAAAUAAAUGUUUGCCCAAAAAUAAGGAGAUUUCAAAACAACCAAUGGAAAAUGACCUCUCAGAGGGAGUCACCAGCUUCUGAUAUUCCAUCAGACAGCGGUUUGGGAACGUUAUCAAUACGAGACAAAUCUCUUUUGAAACGGAAUAUCAACAGACAACACAAUAAUAAUAUGAGUGCAGGUUACGUGCCAGUCCACGAGGCGUCCCUACAUCGGACAGGUCUGCGAGGCAAAAAGACGUGGGCCUUUUGGACUCUGGUCGGAGUUCUGAGUGCCCUGGCCUCUGCCAAUAUCGUUCUCACCGUCUUCAUACUCAAGGUGCUGCGAAUCAGCCACCAGGCCAUGGAGGCUGUGGAAAUAGUGAGAGGAUCGGGGGACGGGGAGGGGGACAUUGUGAAGAUGCACGGCAACAUCGACUUGGGCAGCAUUUACAAGCAGGAUGGACUGUUGGAGAGUUUCAACGGCGAUGCUCUUAAGAUAACAGGCGACAACGCGCCAGUGUUUGUUGAGCUGCGAGGGGGCAGCGCUAAAGGGGGGCCGCGACGAGUGUUGGUCGUCAGGCAGAACGAAACGAGGUUGCAGGGCGUUGAGUCGUUCAGCGUCUAUGACGGCGAGGCCAAACCCAUCUUCUCCACCCACUAUCCCAACUUUGGGCUGCCGCGCGGUGUCCGCAAUAUCGAUGUUAAACUGGUGGAGACAGACCGCGUCCGCAGUCCCCGUGACGAGGGGCUGAAGGUGCGCGGAGAGGGAGGUGCCGGGGUGGGUGGUGGUUUCCUGGCGCAUGCACAGAGAGUGCGCCUGCUGGGAUUGGAGGGGACGCGCAUAGACGGGGGGAAGGGGAUGGUGUGGAGUGCCGACCAGACGCUGCAUCUGCAUAGUGCUAAUGGCAGUGUUGUGCUCAAGGCUAGCGGCGGUGGAGUGCAGUUGGACGUGAAGAGCAUGCCCAUAGUGGGCACAGGGCGGCGCUCAGGCUUACCACUGGCCUCCCACUACAAGGUGUGCGUAUGCAUGCCACAGGGCAAGCUGUUCAGGGUGCCUGUCCCAUCACCCACAGCGGUCAGCUCCAGCAAGGCAUGCAGCUAUGUCAACAUGGCGCCCCAUCUCAACCCCUGCAAUGCUUAGAUUCAUCCAUCCAUCCAUCCAGCCCUAGCCACAGAAUACAUAUUAUUAUAAUAUGAUAUACUUAUUCUAUAAUACUGUAUAUUCUGUGCCUUAGCCACGCACUGCAAGGUGCGUGUUUGCAUGCCUCAGGGUGACACCUGUCCCAUCCUCCACAGCGCUCAGCUGUAUCAAGGCAUUGGCGCCCCAUCUCAACCCCUGCAUCGCUUCAAUCCAUCAACUAACAAUAAAUAAUUGUUGUACAGUAUUAUUUGUAUACUAAGUGUAAAAAAUGUUUUAUCUAGUCAAGUAUGUAGUCAAUCAAUUUGUAUAUUUUGUUUUCUGUGAGAGUUAGUGAAGAGUUUAGAUCAGAAGUGAUAAGUGAGAAAGUCAAUGGUCAACGUAAUACUUAAUUUACUACUACUCCCGCUGGCAGGAUGAUUACUUAUGACCAGCUUCACUAACUGACAUUCAUGGGCUUUAAAAUCACUUCCCAGUGUGAGCGACUCUACAAUAAUUCUAUUCAAGUACUUUGAUUUUAUUUGUAGUUAAUGAGUAGAGCAAAGCUGUCAAAUAUUCAGCUAUUUAUAAUGUAUUUUAUGAAAACAUAUAGAUAAUAAUGUCUCAAAGUAAUAAACAGUAAGGCUAGUUUCACAUUCAUUCGGUUCGUUUUGUUUUCGGUAAAUUCCGAUAAGUGUGAAACGGUAAUUCGGUUUCAAUUCGGUACCGAAUAGAAACCGCAUAGAACCGAACGCCCACUUGACUCUAAUAAAUUCCAUCAGGUUUCAAUUCGUUGCUAGCAAGAGGCUACUUUCACACACUUUCGGUUCGGUUCGUUUUCGGCAAAUUCCGAUAAGUGUGAAACGAUGAUUCGGUUUGAAUUCGGUACCGAAUAGCAACCGCAUAGCACCGAACGCCCCCUCGACACGAAUAGGUUUCAUCAUAUUCGAAUUCGUUGCUAAACAGGAAAACAGGGAAACAGGAAAAAACAAAUUCUUUUACACACGCUUGCCUUUUUUGUUUUUAUUUUAACCUGAUAUCGUGAUUAUCUGUUUCAAAAAUUUCCAAGUCAAAAUCAUAUUGUCAAUUUAUUUUUGUUAGUUCACAGGAACUUUUUUUUCUCAAUGAAUAGUUUGCUAAAAAAAUAUGAGAUAUAAAUUAAAACUCAGGGAGAAUUUUUAUUUUUCCACGAAUAUUACAUGAUUUCAUCAAUGGAGAGAAGAGAUGAAGUUUAUAUACCAUGUGUCAAAACAAGGAACAAAUUUUCAAUUUAAAAAAAUAAUCUCUCGAAACAUCCAAAAUUAACAUAAUCAAAAAGAAACUAUUCAAAUAAUUCACAUUUUUAAUUAUCUACAAAAUUUUGUUGUUCAAGAAAUAACAUCUUACAAUUUAACACCAGCUGUUAUAUUUAAAUAUACUAGCAUGAACUGUGAAAAUCCAAACACAGCUGUGUUUGAGAAGAAAAUACCUAAUUAGAACCGUACGAAUUAAAACCUGAGAUGUAUGAAAGCCUUAUUCGUUUUCGGUAACGAACCGAACCGAAUGAAACCGAAUGCGUGUGAAGCUAGCCUAAAGGAUUUUGUAAAUACAAUCUGUUGAAUAAUAAAAAUGAUCAUUUACUGCUAUUUAUUUUCAUUUAAGUUUACUGUAGAUAACAAUGUUUAAUAUGGUUAUUCAAUAAUAGAAUUUGUAUACUCAAUUGAAUAAUAAAGACUAUUUCAAUCAAUUGUGAAUAAUAGCAUUAUUUUUUGAGUACUGAUAGAUAUUAAAUUUUAUAAAUGAGUACUGGUACCAAAUAGAUUUGAUAUAUCACCAUUAGUGGAAGGAUUUUACAGGGUGUUAGUGGAGUUCAAAAGUAAAUGCGGAGAUUUGAAAUAUGCCAAUAUCUUCUGAAUGGUAGAAUAAUUAUUGUACUUAAUUGAUUUGAGAGAUCACCAUUAGCGAAAGCAUUUUAUAGGGUGAGUUAGUUCGGUUCAGAACGAAAUGUACAGAUUCAAGAAAAUGCCCAUAAUUAUGUCCUGCAUGGUUCAUAAAUCUGAUUGCAGAUUCGUGUUCCUCACAUUAAGAAGCACAAAAACGCCAAAUUUUCGCCAAUUUGAGACACUUUUAGUUAAAAAGAGAAAGAUAAUGGUAUGCAAAAUACAUUACAAAAAAAGAAUUUGAAAAGUCAAAAUUGUGAACGGUCAAAUUUUCACAAAUUUGACUACAGAUUCGCGUUCCUCGCAUCUAGAAGCAUGGGGAUGAAAAAUUUCAGGUAACCUACUUUUAAUUUUUAAAAACCAUUUUUCUAGUAAACAAAACUUUUUUUGCUAACAAAAAAAGCCAGAUUCGAUUGAAACCUAAAUCAUAGUGACAAAUGUCGAGGCCAAAUGAUUGUAUGUGAGUACAUAAAAGGAAAAGUUAUAACAACUUACAUCUUUAGUAUUCAUAGUUGAGAGAUUCAAAUAUGAAAUAAUUUCUUCAAAACAUUGACAAGACUUACCUUUAUUCAUUAAAUUGAUAUAAAUAGUGAACCAGAACUUGAUUACAAUUAUUAAUUUAAAAGAUAAACAGUAGAACAGAAUAUUGAAUACAAUUGAAUAAUUAGAUAAACAUUGAAAUAAUUUAAUUGAACUGAUUGUUGAAUACAAAUAUUAGUUUAAAAAGUAUGCAGUACAAUCAACUUUGUCACCUUCAAUACAUUCAUCUAAUAUUGAAUUCGAAAAACACAAAGUGUCACUCUACUGCAAUGUUUCAAGAUGGUGACCACUCUACUGCAAUGUUAGAGAGAGGUUCACUUCAAACUGUCAGCAUUGAUGAUUUCUACAAGGAAUCCUGUCUGUAAAACACAGUGCAUUCAAACCAUUACAAUCAAACAUCUAAAAUAUUGAACCAUUUCUAGGGAAUGCCAAUUGAGUUAUUUCAGCUGCUUUAUUUGAAAAGUGUCCAUGAUAUAAUAUCGUCAAUUGAAGUAUCUAAAAUACGAGUAGUAGUAAAAAUUACAAUCAACAAAGACAAACUUACAAUACAAUGUUUUAUGAAGUUGAACCCACAUAAGCUCUGGGCGCAUGCGUGGGGAAUACAAAAGACGAUUAUGAGUGAACCAAAAGCUUCAGGUAGGUUCCGAAUUAUCAAGAAGCUAUCUCUAAACUGGAAAAGCCCUGCUUUCCAAUAAAUUUCUAUGCAGAAAAAUAAUACUAUUGAUUUCUUAUGGGAGAGUUCACACAUUGGCAGAACGAAAGUGCGUUACAGAGCCCACCGCUUUCCUGAUCAAUUUGAGAUGCUUCAUUAACGAAAUAGUGUUGGAUACUACAUUGCAAAAAAUAUUGAGAGGAAAACAGAGCGCAUGCGGAGUAUCUAUUCCCACCUCACAUCGCUGCAAUUUCAACCCUAUUCCCGUCUUUGAACAAUCUACACAUUCAACAGGAUAAAAAUAAUGUGAGAGAAGCAGAGCGCAUGCGCAGUACUCUGUUCCCACCUCACAUUGCUGCAAUUUCAUCCCUAUUCCCGUGUCUGAACCAUCUAUACAUUAAAUUGGACGAACAAUUACUACAAUUAGAUAAAACAAAAAAAA